GAGUUUGGAUUCGCAAGGCAGAAUUUUGCACAAAAUUCUGCCUUAAGACAUUAUUUGUCAGGAAUAAUGUGGUCCCCCAGUUGGAUCUGAUUACCGAUCUGCUUGGUUCUCCAUCCACUGAAGCCAUUUCAAGGGUUUGUCCUUCCCGUUCCUUAGCCAAAGUAAUGUAUACCGAGUACCAACUGAAUCUGAUCCAUUUUGAAGGCAGCACUCUGCCUAUGGACAGAAUUUUGCAAAAUUAGAAGCCUUAAGAACAAUUUGUUUUGCCAAAAUGAGCAAGACACCUGGACCUUUGUCUCCAAAAUUUGUUCCUGCCGAAAAGAGUGAAAUUACUUCAGUAAGUAAAUCAGAUGGUUUUAAGUUCAGUUUUGUGUCAUAUAACAUUUUGGCUCAGGCAUAUGUAAAGAGUGCUCUGUUUCCACACUCCCCAGGGCCUUGUCUCAAGUGGAAAGCCCGUUCACAGGCAAUCCUGACAGUUCUUAAGAGCCUCGGGGCCGAUUUCCUUUGCUUACAGGAAUUGGAUGAAUAUGAUAGCUUCUAUAAAAGUAAUAUAGAAAGUGUUGGCUAUUCAAGUAUCUACGUCCAAAGAAGUGGGCAGAAGCGUGACGGAUGCGGGAUCUUUUAUAAGCAGGAUAGUGCAGAGCUGGUCAUUGAAGAGAAGAUAGACUACAAUGAUCUUGUACCCUCAAUUCAAGAUGAUACUGUUUCUGUGGAUAAAGAGGCAAAUUUACCUGCUGAUGGAGAAAAAAAAUUAGUGUCAAAAGGUGAUGUCAGUUUGAAAAACAGUCGAGCAGAUCGUGGAGACAUAAAUGAUCCUUGUGUUAGAGUAAAACGUGACUGUGUGGGUAUUAUGGCGGCCUUCAGGCUGAAGGAUCCUUGUCAUCUUAUCAUUGUCGCCAACACUCACCUUUACUGGGAUCCAGAAUUGGCGGAUGUCAAACUUGCGCAAGCUAGAUACUUGCUUUCACGCUUGGCUCAAUUCAAGUUACUAGUUUCUGAAAAAUUUGAUUGUUCGCCUUCUGUGGUUGUUGCUGGUGAUUUCAACUCCCUUCCUGGGGAUCAGGUAUAUCAGUACCUUAUUUCAGGUUCCUCAGUAAUGGGAACUUUGCCAGAGAGCUCAGAUGAUGUGCCCAUUCCAUUGUGCAGUGUAUAUGCAAGUACUAAAGGAGAACCACACUUCAGUAACUGCACUCCUGGAUUUACUGGAACUCUAGAUUACAUAUUAUUUUCUCCUUCAGAGGAUAUCAAACCAGUUAGCUAUCUCGAACUUCCAGAGCCCGGAGCGUCAGAUGUUCAAGGUGGCCUACCGAAUUACUAUCAUCCUAGUGAUCAUCUCCCAAUUGGUGCUGAAUUUGAACUAGUUCAAUAGUUUCGUGGUCCCAUUUCCAUUAGCCGUUUUACUGAUUCUUUUUAAAUUUUUUAUUGUUAUAAUUAUUUUAUGGAUUACAAUUUCAAAAAAAAAAAAAAUUAUUUUAUGGAUUGUGAGGUCCUUUGUUUUUCCAGUCAAGACUGAGGUGGUUAUUAUGACUUAUUUGAACGUGCAAUGUGGUUUGUAAUUCUUCUGACGUUAUCAACUAUUUUCAAUGAGCUAAGGCUUAAAUGCUCUUCUUAA